UGGGGCGGCGGUGAGGUGGAGGGGGGUGUGAGCUCGCUGCUGCGGGGUUGGGAGUUUCUGCCCGGCGGCUCCCUUCCCGGGCACGGCGCGGGAGCGGAGCGAGAGAGGGAGGUUUGCUACUCGCGAAAUGUCGCAGGCUGCCAUGUCCGAGACCUACGAUGGAAGCAUUUUUUGCCUACCAGAUUUCCUGUUUAAGUUCUUGGUCAUAGGAAAUGCUGGAACUGGGAAAUCCUGUUUACUACACCAAUUUAUUGAAAAGAAAUUUAAAGAUGACUCAAAUCAUACAAUAGGAGUGGAAUUUGGUUCGAAGAUCAUAAAUGUUGGUGGUAAAUAUGUGAAAUUGCAGAUAUGGGAUACAGCAGGACAAGAGAGAUUCAGGUCUGUAACAAGAAGUUACUACAGAGGUGCUGCAGGUGCUUUACUUGUCUAUGAUAUAACCAGCCGAGAAACCUACAAUGCGCUCACUAAUUGGUUGACGGAUGCAAGAAUGUUAGCAAGUCAAAAUAUUGUGAUAAUACUGUGUGGAAACAAAAAGGAUCUUGAUGCAGAUCGUGAAGUAACCUUUCUAGAAGCAUCCCGGUUCGCACAAGAAAAUGAGCUGAUGUUCUUGGAAACAAGUGCACUAACAGGGGAAAAUGUUGAAGAGGCCUUUGUACAGUGUGCAAGAAAAAUACUCAAUAAAAUUGAAUCAGGAGAAUUAGAUCCAGAAAGAAUGGGCUCGGGUAUUCAGUAUGGAGAUGCUGCUUUGAGACAGCUGAGAUCACCACGAAGAGCACAAGCACAAAGUGCUCAAGAAUGUGGGUGCUAAAGAAGCAAAACACAAAAUCCCAAAUACUCACUUUAGAUACAGAAGCUGUCCAUGCAAAUGGUGUUUGAAGAAACAAAGCUUGAAAGCUGUGCAGUUUAGAAAACCAUCUUUGCGCUGUAUACAGACAAAGCAGACCAGUGCUGACAGAAAGGUGCACCAUGUAGUAUGAAGCAGGAACGUUCACGUGGCACAAACCUGCUAACUCAGUGGACAGUGUUAAAGUGAUACCUGUAUGUAAACAUUUUCCAUUACCUAUUUUUUAUUUCACCUUUAGUUGAAAGCGUUACUAUAUGCUGUAAAUAAUGUAACGGUAAAUUUACAAAGCAUGAUAUAUAUAUGAUGAUAGAACAUUGCACUACAACAGUUUAAUAUUUUAUUUUUUUAUCAUAGAAACUAAAAGUUAACGGAAGUAGGCUUUGUCAUGUUUGUUGCAUAAUAGUUGAUAUUUAUGCCAUGAAUUAUAAAACCACUGGCGGUGUCGGUGAGGGAUGGCUGUUUUUCUUCUCCCCAUUUAGUUGGCCACAUUCUGACAAGGUGUUUACAUGAUUGGUUCUCAUCAUGAGGUUAGACCCAUGCUUAGUUUUUGUAAUACAUCAAGUUGGAAAAGUCAUUUUUAUUGAAGUUCACCUGUCUUAUCACAAUUCUUAUAUAUCACCUUUUGAAACUCUUUUAUCAGACUGUAGAAGUUUAGGGAAUCAUACUUUAAAUCUCUCAAAUGGCUGUCAACUGAUGUGGAUUUUGGAAUUUUUGUUCUCUCUGUUCUGAUGUUUUGUAUAGCACUGGUGUCAUGAAGAUAAUCUGUAUAUGUGAACAGAACUGCGCAUCUUCUGUGUGUUUUGUAAUUCUACUGUUGGGGCAUGGGCUUAUGGAAACCUCUCACAGUCGGAGGUCCAUUAACUUCUUAUUGCUAACUAAGCAAUCACCUGUGGAAAAAAAGAUUUCUGCUGAAGCAUACCUUGUAAGGUACAAACUGAACCCAGGUGGGUUCUUCUAAAGUAUCCCGAAUGCAUGAGAUUUAGAAUACUGAUAUCUUGUUCUUCAACAUUUAUAAAGUACAAUUAAGAACUUGGAUGGUAAAGUUAGACUUCAAAAUCAGGAAUUGAAGAGUCCAUCUUGCUGGAGCCCUACCUUUGAACUUAUUGGGAAAACAUGGUAUGUAACACUGUCAACAUUGCUUCCAGGAGACUCAUAUGAAGGAAGAACAAAAUAAAUGCUGCUGAUGUAGUUCGUUCUUCCCGUGAAACUCAUCAGGGGAAACUUCAGCCUUAGUGCUGACUUUUGUAUGUUAAAAAACAAUUCGUGCUUCCCUGCUGCCUUCUUUAUAUGGCUGGGAGUAUGGGGCAAGGGGUUAGGAAUCCUGUUGUCAUAGCUCAGCUGGAGACAGAAGAGACUGGCAGAGGGCUUAGAGGGUGGACAGAACCACGAGUAGUACGUAUCAUUUUUAUGAUGUCAUGACGACUGAUCAGGUAAGAGAUGUGGCUUUUGUGUUGCCAGAUAAGGAGCUGCAGAAAGUGUUUCUGGAGGUAUCUGAACUCAAACUAUUGACAGGAGGGAAAUGAUAUUUCAGUUGCAUUGAUAGGAAUCACUAGUUGUGUUUUUACUUAGUUACUUGUAUUACUGGAAACUGGAUGUCUUUUUGGAAGUGUAAAUGAACACAGAAAAUAGUUCAUCUCAUCAGAACACAGUGUGGAAAUUCCAAGGACGAACGUGCUUUAUUUUCUAUAUAUGAGUAUUUUUUAUUUAAGGGACACUUGUCAAAUGCAUGUUUUAAAAACUAAAUCAAGAAGCUGAACUGUUGCUGUGAUUCAGAGGGCAGUUAAAGCACAUGAGCGAACCAAGAACGCUACAGAGAGGACAUAUUUCAUCCUUCAUGGAAUUAGAAUUGUGUAGAAAAAAAUAGUUCUGUCCCGACAUUUUUGGUUCAAAUGGAUGUUUAUCUCGAAACUAUACACCUUGGCCAUCUCUGAAAUAAAAAUACAGAAGAAUUAAAUUUACUGUGUACUGAAAGAGCCUAGGGUUAGUUUUGAAAAGACUCUAGAGUCCAAAGGCUUGUUACAGCUCUCUGCUUUGUCUUCUGUUUUAUCUAGGAUUUAGAUUUGUUGCAUAACUAAUAAUUCUUCCUAAGGUGUAUUCUCUUCAUAAAAUUAAAACCUUUGUUUUUUUGAG